UUUAUAUUCACCAUCAAAAACAACUGCAACAAUGAAAUUUGCUCUAGUAGUGCUCGUCCUCAUUCCAAUGGCUUUGGCCGUUCCUGAUAAACGAUUCAUCCUCGACACAUUGUUAAACCUGGUGGACACUACUACAAUCAAAAAGGACCUUCAGAUAAUGUUAGAUACCAUUGGCAGUGACCCAACAGAACAACUCUGCGAACAAGAAUGCCACAACAUUGCGCAACAAGGACUCCUUGAUCAUGCCUGUCCCCUCCUUUGUCAUUCGUUCCAGGAACUUGUCCAUCACUUCAAUAUUGUAACAAUGAGGGUACUCUUCAUAGCUCUUAUUUUACCAGCUCUGGCAUGUGCUAUUCCGCAAAAGAGAUUCCUUUUGGACAGCCUGUUAAAGUUGUUUGACAAUACCACAAUCAAAGAUGAUCUAUGUAUAAUGAUAAAUACAAUUGGCAGUGACCCAACAGAACAGCUCUGUGAACAAGAAUGCCACAAGAUUGCGCUCCAAGGUCUCCUUGAUCAUGCCUGCCCCCUCCUCUGCCAUUCGUUCCAGGAACUUGUCCAUCACUUCAAUAUUGCACCAGGUACAUGUACAACUACACCCUCAACAUAGAAACAACACCUAUUACCUGCUUGAUGUUUGAAUAUACUGUUGCUUUAUGCUGCUUAAAUAAAAUCAUAUCAUAGA